AUGGGCUUGUUCGACUUCAAGCUGACUUAUCAGUGGCUCUACUGGACGGCGCCCACUGGUGAACCACCCGCCGCCCCGGAGGGCCUCACCCGACACUGGGUAGAGACGCCGUCGGGUAAGAUUGAAGUACUGUCCAACCAGGGCGCCGACCCGACGACGACAAAAACGCCCAUCUUCUUCGUCCAUGGCGGCAUGGGCAGUGCGUGGGUGUGGACGGAGUACAUGCAGUACUUUACCAAGCACGGCAUCCCUUGUUACGCUGUCUCUCUGAGAGGACAUGGCAACAGCUGGCACCCGUCGUACAUGAGGAUGGUGUACUUGACCACUAGGCAGAACCUGGCCGACGAUGCGAUUGCGGCUAUCAAAUGGGUUCAGGAGCGCCAGGGGAGUGAGGUCUUGCUCGUGGGGCACUCGAGCGGCGGCGGAUUGGCCCAGGGCAUUCUCUCUGCAAAGCAAGCCCAUGUGAGAGGCCUUGCGUUGCUUGGAGCCGUGCCGGGCUUCGGAUCGUAUGGAGUCUAUGCCAACUGGGCCAUGUUUGACCCGUGGUUCGCUAUUCGCAUGUUAUUCCACGGCUGGCAUCCCAACUCACCUCUCUCCCACCCCUUCUUGGUCAAGCAAGCUUUCUUUGGCGACCAGAUGCCGGACUCUGCCGUCCUCAAAUUCCAGAAGCACGUGAGCCGUUACGAGUCCUUCCUUUGGCCCAUCAGCAUGAUGAGGCCCUUUACCACGGCUGCCAGCAUCGUCAACUCGAUUAGCGGUUGGGGCAGCAGUGAGCGCAUCAUGGUUAUGGCCGGCACCCAAGACAAGAUGAUGACGCACGGCGUUAUGUCGAAACUGGCUGUUUUUUACCGGACGGCAUUCACGGAGCUUGUGAGAAGUAAGAGGCUGGAUGCAAAGGUCGAUGACGUCGAGCCCCCAAGUGGUGAGGGCGGCAACGACGACAAGGGCAGUGGGGUGAGACUUGCUUGGGUACCGGGGGCUGGACACCACUUGCAGAACGAUAUGAUGUGGGAAGUCGGUGCGAAGAAGCUUCUUGGGUUUUACGAGCAAUUGUAG